GGCCAGGAUUGAAUCGGGCUCCCGGACGCUCAGAAACCCUAGAUCUAUAUAAGCAGACGUUCAGCGCCGGUUCUCUCUCUCUUACUCUCAUUCGGCCAUAAGCAGACAGCUCUCGAAGGCAGGCGCGCCGUCGCAACAUCGUCCCCGCAAAAGCGUCGUCGGAGCGAAGAUGAAGGUGAUCGCCGCCUACUUGCUGGCCGUCUUGGGAGGCAACACCACCCCCUCGGCCGAUGAUUUGAAGGGCAUCCUCGGAUCAGUUGGAGCUGAGGCUGAUGAUGAUGGGAUCAAGUUGCUCUUGUCCGAAGUCAAGGGAAAAGAUAUCACGGAGCUGAUUGCUGCAGGAAGGGAAAAGUUGGCCUCCGUGCCCUCUGGUGGUGGUGGUGGUGCUGUGGCCGUGGCUGCAGCCCCAGGGGGUGGUGCUGCUGGUGGCGCUGCCCCAGCUGCCGAGGCAAAGAAGGAGGAGAAGGUUGAGGAGAAGGAAGAGUCUGACGAUGAUAUGGGCUUCAGUCUCUUUGACUAAGGCACGGACAAGGACGGCGAUUUUUGCUUACAAAAGGAGUGUCAUGGAUAUAGGCGCAAUUGUGUGUGGUCUCCCUAGUCUAAUAGUUAGAAGUUGUUCUUCAUUUUGUUACCGUCGGGACUCCUUGAAUUUUAUUUUUUUGGGUUACCUAAUGAGAUAUUUUCAGACGCGGGAUUAAAUUUUUCCCUCAGAUUCUUCUGUUUCGGAUUCCCUCUUUUGAUUAUACGGCUUAUCUUGGUUUCA